CUACUUUCUCCCCUCUUCUUCUUCCUUUAGCUUUCCUGCUUCUGGUUUCUUCAAAGAAAGCAACAAUGGCGAUUACACUGUCUCUGUUUCAAAUUAGGAUUAGGUUAAACCCUGUAAUAAUGUUGUUCUUUUCAAUCCUUAUUUUCCUCUCUCUACUACCAACGGGAAUGUCAGAUCUGGUCGCUGAUAGGUCAGCCCUCCUCUCUCUCCGAUCCGCCGUCGGCGGCCGUACUCUCCUCUGGAACACCUCCUUGCAAACACCAUGUCAAUGGACGGGAGUCCAGUGCCAAAACGACGCCGUCACAGCCCUCCGUUUACCCGGGAAUUCCCUCUCCGGCGAUAUCCCGGUCGGCACCGUCGGUAAACUAACUCAUCUCCAAACACUCAGUCUCCGGUUCAAUUCCCUCUCCGGUUCACUCCCUUCCGAUCUCUCAUCUUGUUCAGAGCUUCGUAAUCUCUAUCUACAAGGUAACCAUUUCUCAGGCGACUUACCGGAGUUUCUGUUUACUCUCCACCGACUCGUUCGUAUAAACCUCGGCGAGAAUCAAUUUUCCGGUAAGAUUCCGAUCACUUUCAACAAUCUGAAUCGAAUCAGAACAUUGUAUCUAGAACACAAUGAGUUUACAGGUUCAAUCCCGGAUCUAUCUCUUCCAAAUCUAGAACAGUUCAAUGUUUCGUAUAACAAAUUAAACGGUUCGAUUCCGAAAACCCUAAAUUCAUUACCGGUAACUUCAUUCACCGGAAAUUCUCUCUGCGGCGGUCCUUUCAAACCUUGUUCCGGCAAUGCAACAACUUAUCCGGCGACAGCAGUUUCUCAGGUGAAUAUAACCAGCGGCAGUAUCAACAACAACAGGAAGAGGAAUGGUUUACCUGCAGGCGCAAUCGCAGCUAUUGUGAUCGGAUCUGUAUUAGGGUUUAUCUUUCUGAUUCUAUUACUAUUCAUCUUCUGCCGCGAAAAGAGCGAUAGAAUUAGCAAGUCAAGUUCAAUCGAUGUAGCUGCAAUCGAACAUUUAGAUAAUGAGAUAACUGGUAGGAAGGCGAUCGAUGAGGUAACUCCGGCUGAUGACCGAACUACUUUAGUAGCUGCUGCUGCCGGAAAGCCGGCGGCGGCGGAUACGACGGAGGAGACGGCGGCGGUGGGUAAGAAAUUGAUAUUUUUUGGGAAUUCAGCUAGGGUUUUCGAUUUGGAAGAUUUGUUGAGAGCUUCGGCGGAGGUAUUGGGGAAAGGGACGUUUGGGACGGCGUACAAGGCGUUGUUAGAGAUGGGUAAUAUGGUGGCGGUUAAGAGAUUGAAAGAUGUGACAUUGUCGGAGGUUGAAUUCAGGGCUAAGAUUGAGGCGGUCGGAGAAAUGGAGCAUCAAAAUCUGUUGCCUCCCAGGGCUUAUUAUUACAGUAGGGAAGAAAAACUUCUUGUUUAUGAUUACAUGCCCAUGGGAAGCUUGUCUGCCCUUCUUCAUAGCAACAAGGGAGCAGGAAGAACACCACUAACUUGGGAGAUAAGAUUAAACAUCGCGCUCGGAUCUGCCCGAGGAAUCGAACACAUUCACUCCCAAUCACCAACUGUUUCUCACGGAAACAUAAAAUCAUCGAAUGUUCUUCUCACCAAAUCAAAUGAACCUCGUUUGUCUGACUUUGGUCUAAAUCACAUAGUCAGACCGUCUUCAACUUACCCUGCACGGUUUUCAGGCUAUCGCGCACCCGAAGUAACAGAAUCCCACAGGGUCUCCCAACAAGCCGAUGUGUACAGCUUUGGGGUGCUCGUGUUGGAACUUCUAACCGGAAAGGCACCCACAAAUGGAUUUCAGAACGAUGAAGGUGUUGAUUUACCAAGAUGGGUCCGGUCUAUAGUUAAAGAGGAAUGGACUAAUGAGGUAUUUGAUAGCGAAGUUACUAAAUAUGAAACUGUUGAGGAAACAAUGGUUGAGUUGUUGCAGCUCGCGAUCGAUUGUACGGCUCAGUAUCCUGACACUCGGCCUUCGAUAGCCGAGGUCAGACAGAAGAUUGAGGAUCUGAAACGAUCAUAAUUGUCUCAUCGUGGUUUAUAUAAACAUGGGUGUGGUUGUCUUCUUCUUUUUCCUUUCCACAAGUUGAAUAUGUUGUUAUUAAUGUAUUUGUAAUGGUUCAAUUUCUUUUGUUUAGUUGUUUUGUAUUUGGUUUUAUUGUGUAAUUAGAUUUCUACCCGUGGAAGCUAAUUAACAUUUCUAAAAAUUCUCCUAUAAUGAUUCAUUUCAUUGAU